AUGAUCUCAAUGACUGAAGGUAACGUAAGUUGGCAAUCGACGUAUAGUGUUCCUCCUCCGCCUCCGGCCGGGAAUUCCAGGUCGUCAUCUCGAGCAGAUGCAGAUCGCUAUCAGACCAGUAUGGAUUCCGGUUACGGCAGUACGACACCUGAACCGAUGGUUUCCCAUUACCUUAGCGCGACUCAGCAGCAGGCAACGUACAGCGACUUGAGCAAUAUGCGCCAAUUUGAUAUGCCAUUACAUGCUCCAUCAUCCAAGAGAGCUGCUUCUACCGGCGCUUUGAACACGGCAACUUCGUCGGUAUCGUUGAAUCCAACGUAUGAACGUUCAUCGCCGAGGAAUAGCUGGGAGCCUGGAAUGCCGCUCCCACCGCCGCCUCCUGGGCCUCCCCCAGCUGCAAGAUCUCGAAGUGCGAGCACUACUACGUCGGAUGCUUCUUCGAGACGUGCAUUGCAAGUCCCGCGCUCACGAGGUCCUCCGAUCCUAGGCACAUCUCUCGGCCAAGUUCCACCAACCCCAGCAGACUGGGUAGACGAGACUGUUGUAUCAAGACGAGUUGCCGACGGAGCACAAAGGCUACAUAUCGAUACGGAAGUAACAUACAACGCACCGGCAGUGCCAGCUGCCAGAGAACGAGAACCAGAGCCAGAACCUGCAGAGCCAUCAUCAUCUCGACGCGCGUCAAGCCGAGGGGGGCUAUUCCGCAGUCUUGCCGUGAAAAGAGACUCCAGCGCCAAAGGUAUACGUGAACGUCGAAUUGAAAAUCGCCAUAGACGCCAGCAAGUUUCUGAAGAUCUCUCCGCCAUAUCCAACACCAGCAAUCCAUGGGCAAAUGCGUUGACGCCAACAAAUCUUGUUCUAAAUAGCACCAAUGGCGCUCAUGGUACCAACGACACUGAGACUUCUGAAGACAAAACCCCAAGCGGGCGCCGAUCAGCCUUCCCAAAGCCACUUUCAAGUGCACGAAGCGCAAAAUCGGAGGAGAUACCCUCCAGCAGUCGUUCUCGGACAUCAUCUGGACUAUUCUCGGACCAAUCGUCGUACGGAACGCCAAAGCCGGAAUCGAUCUUCUCGCACGCGGAGAUUACGCCAACGCCACCCUUCUCGCCGGACAAUGAAUCGCCGUUAGCCAAGGACAAGCAGCAUAUGCUGAACUCCAAACCCCUGCCGACAACUCCAUCAAGCCCAGCUAGUGAGUCAAAAUCGUCCUCGCGUCCUGGGACAAGACUCGAGGAACGGCCAGUCUCUCACCUGCUGCAUAUCCCGAAUGAUGUUGUUUCUGUACUCCCGCCACUGUCUCCACGCCGUAUGUCGACGACUCAGACGCCGUCACUUGAUUCGGUUCUUCACAAGGAUAACGACUUCUUGGAAGGCGGCCUACAAAGGUAUCGGGCAACUCUCGAAAAAGAAGCUGCCGCAGCUAGUGAAGCAGAGGCAUUGAAAAUCUUCAUGGAAUUUUUGGUCACCGAGUCACAACUUCGGCGACGUCUGUAUGUGCGUGCUAUUGCAGAUGCCGAAAUCGACGUUGAGAGCACACGUAAGAAGCUCUUCACGCAACCACAGCCCCCGCAACCUCCUCGAGAGAAACCUACUGGUAUCAAGCUGGACACGUCGUUCACUCAGCCCAACAAGGCUCCAGGGAAUAUGCCUACCAGGCCUGAAUCUAUGUGGUGGAACAAUUACAAGCCCUGCUUGUCCCCCAUUGCCAGCAUAAGUAUCGAUGCUGAUGAGAUGAGUUCUCGGGGUCGUCCGCCCAGUCGCUGGUGGGAAUCCAAGACUGGCUCAAGUAGUGAAGGUGGGGAGCGAGUAUCCCAACGAUCGAAACGUGAAUCCAAGUACAUGGGGGUACCACGAGAACUUCGCGAAGAAAUGCAACGAGGCUACGGUGGACCUCUUUCCGUGACGGAGGAGGAACAGUACAGCGACCAACAAAACUUCUCGCAGGGAGGCUACGGUCCGGACGAGUAUCCACCUGAAAAGGUUGGGUUACAUGAACCUGAGUCCAAUUCCGCGCAAUACCACCAAUACCAACUCGAAAUCUCGCACGCAAGUCAUUAUCGGGAAACCCGUGGACCGAAGAAGAUGGAUAUUUCACGAUUGGUGACGCUUCCUCCACCUUAUCCGAGACAUCAUCCUGCAGUUAACAAUAGCCAUCCUGAUCUCGUCAUCUACAGGACUACUGUCCGCUCAAUCAGUGAUUUGUCUGAGGUGAGGGCGACGAGGGAGCAAAACAAACAGCAAAUGGCACAAUUGAAGCAGGAGCACGAGAGCAAGAUGCGAGAAAAUCGCAAAUUCUUUACUGCCAAUAUUCAGCAACAGAUUCAAGAAGGUAGCAUCAAGUACGCCGAAGCCGCGGAAGCGGAAGCAGCACUUGAAGCAGAAGAGCAAAAGAAAGAGAGAGACUUGGCACAGAGUGAAUAUGAUACGUACCAAAAGAAAGUAGUGGAGCCAUUGCAUCUUAUUCUUAGUGACCGGGUGAACAAGGCUACAGAGCGGAUUAAUGAGUUGAGCGGUAAACUCAAGGAAGAUAUUCAGCAUGAAAAUCCGGACCGCACGCAGGAAGAAGGUGACGAAAAGCCAGAGAUUCUAGAGCAGCUUACUCAGUUGAAAUGGCUCUUUGAGGCUCSCGAACAGCUAUAUCGAGAAAUCUACGAUCUUCUCGGGGAGAGCAAUGAAAAGUACCGAGCAAUCGUCACUUUGCCGUACAAGCAAAGUAAAAACGAUGAAAAACUUCGUGAGGCCGAUGCAUUCUUCGUCAAGGAUUCCUACGACCGCCGCGUGCAGUAUGAGUCAGAGGCUCUUGCUAGAAUGGAGCGAUUCAUGGAUGUCGUUGAGGAGAACGUCAAGCGCGGCGUUGAAACACAUCUAUCCGCAUUUUGGGAUAUUGCGCCUUCACUGCUCACGCUGGUGCAACAAGUUCCCGAAAAUCUGUCGAACUUUCAAAUUGAGAUCCCGGCACAGGAAUACGAAGAGAAUCCCAGCUACUACCAAUUCCCUCUACAAUAUCUCUACUCUCUCCUGUCUCACGCCGAGAAAUCAUCCUAUCAGUUCAUCGAAUCCCAGACUAACCUCCUCUGUCUCCUACACGAAGUGAGAUCGGGGGUCAUGAUGACCAACUGCCGCUUGAUGGCCGCACAGCAAACCCGGCACGGCGAGCCCGAGGACUUAGUCCGAAGGGAGAUGCAGGAGGUGCAAGCCCGCGAGGAGCGAGAGUUGACAGCCGACCUCAAAGAGAAAGUCUCCACUGUCGAGGGACAGUGGACAGAGGCGCUGGGGAGCCAGAUACAGAGUCUACGGACGAGGGUGAAAAGUCAUCUUCUUGCCGAGGAUGGGUGGGAUGAGACCUCGGAGCAAUUGGAGUAG